AUGACUAUUAAACAAAAAGUUUUAUUUUUGGAACAACCCAAUAAACAAGUGCUUCAUCGCUUUGAACAAUUGUUUGAGUGUGUCUACUAUGAGUUGACAACAAUUGAACAAUGUAUAAUGGAUUUCCAAACAAAGCUCAACGACAUUGAAGCCAUAUAUUGCGGAUGGCCAGGAUUUGCCCCUCUUGGUGGCUUUAAAGGUAAAUUAGUUGAAUUUGCACCCAAAAGUUUGAAAAUUGUAACCACUUGCACAAUUGGCUACGACCAUUUUGACGUAAAGGCAAUGACGACAAAAAACAUCAUUUUAACAAAUAGUCCAUCCACGAUGGCAUACGAUGCAGUUGCUGAUUUGGUACUAUACAAUACAAUUGCCAGUUUUAGAAAUUUCAAGAUUUAUGAACAAAACUUUUGCACAGAUCGAUAUACGCAAUCGGGAAUGUUGACAAAGUCUUUAGUAUCGGCAAAAUUUGAUCAGGUCAAAGGUAUGGCAAUAUCAACGCCAACCAUGGGUACCGCCUACGGUAAAGCUUGUUGUCAACGUGCCAAUUUAUCUCCAAGGAACCAUCACGUUGUCAUCGUUGGGUUUGGUCACAUUGGACAAUCAAUAGCUGCAAGAUUGGCAUCGAUUGGAAUGAUUAUCCAUUAUGUCAAGCGUAAUAAGUUGAGUGAUGAAGAAGAAAAGCAAUUGGGAUUCCCAAUCAUUUUCCAUAAACAUCUUUCAGAAACCACUAGUCUUGCUGAUUUAGUAGUGAUUGCAUGUCCAGGAACACCAGCAACUAGACACAUGGUGAAUGACGAAUUGAUCAAUAACAUGAAGAAACAAUUUAGGAUAAUCAAUGUUGGAAGGGGGUCAGUUGUUGAUGAAGUUGCCUUGGUUCAUGGGUUGAAGAGUGGUAAAAUUCUAUUUGCUGGAUUGGAUGUUUUUGAAGAAGAGCCUCUUGUUCAUCCUGAGUUACUUGAUAGACAAGAUGUUGUAUUGACGCCUCAUAUCGGAUCAGCAUCUACUGAGAAUUACAAUUACACUGCAAUUACCUGUCUUGAAAAUAUUGAGACUGUAUUACUUAAUUUUGAUAGAGCAAUCACUCAAGUCAACUAA